AUGGCGAUGUGGAAAAGGCGGCGGGUUCUUGGCAAGGGAACGUACGGCACGGUGUUCUUGGUCGAACUCAGUGACCCCACGGCUACACCGAUCGCCGUCAAGACGUGCCCUAUUGCGAAGUCGUUCUCCCUCCAGUUGGAGGAAAGAGUGUUGGCGCAACUGCGCGGUUGUCCGGGUAUUGUUUCCUGCCUUGGGAGUUCACUCACCGUCGAAGACGGUCCUGGACUCUACAAUCUGUUUCUUGAAUAUGCGGCAGGAGGUACUCUUGAAGAUUUGAUCAAGAAAGAGUCGGGUUUGUGCGAGCGGGACAUGCGCCGCUAUUUGCGCAUGAUUCUCCGGGGUCUCUGUUCUGUGCAUGGAAAGGGUAUGGUGCACUGCGAUCUCAAACCCAGUAAUAUCUUGGUCUUUCCCGGCAAAGGAGGUGAUUCGCUCAAGAUCGCCGACUUUGGGCUUGCCAGGGAAGGCCAAGACUACAAAGAAGAGAUGGGAUUUUGGAGGUUCAGGUUUCGGGGCACCCCUUACUACAUGUCGCCGGAGUCAGUUGCUUUUGGUGAAAUUGGGGCGCCGUUGGACAUAUGGUCGCUGGGUUGUAUUCUGGUUGAGAUGGUUACCGGGAAGCCUGCUUUGUGGAAGUAUCGAAAUCUGAACGCCCGGAAACUCCGGCUUGCGAUUGCCCAACAGUCGCCGGGAAUACCUGAAGGGCUCUCCGAGAAUGGGAAGGACUUUCUGAGAAAGUGUUUUGCAAUGGACCCCCGUGAGAGGUGGACGGCCGAGAUGCUUCUGAACCAUCCUUUUGUUUCUAGGCCCAUCUAUGGGAAUGGGAAGACUCCUGAGCCGCAAGCAUCUCCGAAAAGCCCUUUAAAAUUCAGAGCAAUCUCUGGGUUCAUCUGCUUCCUUGCCUCCUCCGGGUUGGUGCUCUUUUACGCCCGGUGA